AUGAAAGCGGAUGUAGAUUAGUGGUUGUAUACUUUAAAGGUAGACAAAGAAAUUCUUACUGAGAGAGAUUUAAGAUUGCUCUGUGAAAAAGUAAAGGAAAUCCUAAUUGAAGAGUCUAAUGUUUAGCCAGUUAGUGCUCCAGUUACAGUUUGUGGAGAUAUUCAUGGAUAAUUUUAUGAUUUACUUGAACUUUUUCAAAAAGGUGGAGAAAUACCUACAAGCAAUUAUAUUUUUAUUGGAGAUUUUGUAGACAGGGGACAUAACAGUGUAGAAACAAUAGAAUAUUUGCUUUGCUUGAAGCUGAAGUACCCUGGUAAUAUUACCCUUCUCAGAGGAAAUCACGAAUCUCGCCAAAUUACUUCAGCGUACGGUUUCUUUGAUGAAAUAUCUCGUAAAUAUGGUAAUUCUAACCCAUGGAAAAUAUUUACAGAUCUAUUUGAUCACUUAGCUCUAGCUGCUAUAAUAGAUGGGACUGUACUUUGCAUCCAUGGUGGUUUAUCUCCAGACAUUAAGACUCUGGACUAAAUAAGAACAAUAAACCGCAAAAUUGAAAUUCCUCAUGAUGGACCCUUCUGUGAUUUAAUGUGGAGUGAUCCAGAUGACUUAGAAUCAUGGCAAUUAUCUCCAAGAGGCGCAGGUUGGAUUUUUGGCUGGAAACCAACUGAAGAAUUUUGUAGAAUAAAUGGUCUUCAAUUGAUCUGUAGAGCUCAUUAACUUGCUUAAGAGGGCUAUAAAUAUUGGUUUACAAAGUAGAAUCUAGUUACUGUAUGGAGUGCUCCUAAUUAUUGCUACAGAAUGGGUAAUGCUGCAAGUAUAUUAUCCUUUGAUGAAAAUAUGCAAAGAUAGUUUACCUUCUUUAAUGCUGUCCCAGAGAGCUCUAGAGCUACCAGCUACAAGCAAGUUCUUCCCUAUUUCUUAUGA